UUCCCCGUGCAUUUUUAGCGGCUUGUGUCUUUCUUUUUAUUAUUAUUUUUUCUUUUUCUUUCUAUCUUUCUUUUUUCAAAUUCGGGCAACCAUUCUUUUUAUUUCAUCAUUCUUACUUUUUUACCGCCCCCUCGAACGCCAUGGUUUCUAGGAAUUAUAUAUUCAGCCUCCUUUUACGGUAUAGCAUUGUUUUAUUGUUUUAGUUGCGCAAGCCCAUUUUGCUUUCCUUAGUUAGUUUUCGGACAUGCAUUCUUCGUCUCAUGUUUCCUUUCCAUUUGCUGAAUAUUGUUUCUUCGUUUGUCUCUUCUUCUCUUCCUCCGUUACUCUUUCUCGCAAGUGUCCCUGCCUUUCGCUCUCCGUUUUCACCUCGUCUCUCUGGUAAGCGUUCUCCAAAAUCCCUCGAAAAGGAGAGAGAGAGAAAAAAAAAAAAAAAAAGAGUUAAAAAAGGCGACCUUCUUGAUUUACCUCUUGUUGAUUUAUAUUCUAUCAUUUCUUCUUUCCAUGCUUGACUAUUCUUAGCCGCGUGCUCCUUAACCUGGCAAAUUCUAGCCGUAUCCUCUCUUUACCAUACCCAUUCACAACCGCUGAGAGCUCCCCAUCUCUCCACGCUCAUCCUUUAUCAUAUAUUCAAAACUUCUUGACUUAUCUAUUCUCCCACCCACAGCGUGCUUGAUAUCCCCGCAUCCAAAAAAAAGGCCCCUUUAUCUUGAUUUCUCACUUCUUCAAUCUUCUUUACCCCUUAGUGCUAUUGCCCCCUGUCGCCUUCCCCCCUUUAACAAAUUUGGGCUUAAAUCAUGUUCAUUGAUUCCGUUUUCGUCGUUUGCUGUGCUACUAUUUGUCUGCUUCGCUGUUUGCGUCUCAUCGCUAGUUUUCUCCCCAUAGGCUUGUAUACGCUUUCUUUUCGUUUCUUUUCUUCUCUCUUCUAUUCUUCCUUCACCUUUCUUUCUCGUUUUAUCAAGGGUCAAAGUCAUUCUUCGAACUUCCAAAACAUACGCAAUGCAAAAAAAAGCAAGCAAAAAAAGAUGUCUGUUUGGUUUUUUUUUGACCUUUCUUUCAUGCUCUCUUACGUUUCUCGAACGCUUAUUUUUAUUCUCCCUCCCACAUUUCUUUCUCUUCUCUUCUUUUCUUUUACUUUGCUUGAUAUCACUAUUCUUAUCUAUACUAUUUUAUAUUAUCACGGUGGAAAUGAAAUAAGUAAUCUACGUGCGGUAUCCCUGUUUAACUUCGCAUAUUUUCAUACUGGUAUAUUUCCUAAUUUGUUCCCUGCCCUCCUCCAUUUUCCCCUUUACACCCGCCCUUGUCUUUUCUCAUAGAGAAAGACCUUGAUAUUGUAUUUCCGGGACUUAUUUAUAUCAACUAUCUCCAGGAUACUUCAGACAGCGAUGUCACCUUUUUUUAUUUCUUCCGCUAUCGGCUUCUUAAAUCAUAUCUUCCUUUUAUUUAACGUUCGUUAGACGAAAAAACACUUUUUGGUUAACACUUCAUGGUAUUAGAGCGCCCCAGGAAUGAUUUCUCCUUCUAAAUAUUCGAGAUCACGUGAUUCGCUCCUCCAGCUUCCCCAAAAAACAACCUCCGCAACUAUUUGAUUGAUCAUCUAGAGAUAUCUCACAACUGCUGUGACUCCUACAUGAAAAUCACAUAUUAUUAUAACCCAUUGAUGCUGAAAACUCCUUAUCGGAGAACAAAAGAAAGAUUUCUCGCCCCACCAGGCAAAAAAAUUGAUCGACGAGCAGCUACGUGAGAAUGGCAAUUACCAUUCUGCCGCCCUCCAUGCCAGAGGAGGAAUACAGCUCUUCAGAAGAUGAAUCAAGAGACUCCGAAGGCGAUGUUGACAUGUCUGGUGGCAAUGCGCGACCUGCAAAACGUCUCCGUCUCUCUAAGGGCGGAAUAGUCACACCGGGAGAAGUUGUGACAGAUGAUCCUCAAUGGAUGAGAGGCCACGGCACCUUCACCCGUCCGGCACACAACCCCUUCCACAUCACCACCCCCUCAACCUCCUCUAGCACAUCAAACACAAUCAUAGCCACCGUCGCCGGCACCGUUCAAAAAACCAACAAACUCCUCUCCGUCCAACCACUGCGAGCCCGCUACACGCCCGAAAUCGGCGACCUAGUCAUCGGCCGCAUCGUCGAAGUGCAAUCGCGGCGGUGGAAAGUUGACGUCGCAGCACCCUUACUCGCCCAACUACCGCUAUCCGCCAUAAACCUUCCCGGCGGUAUCCUGCGCAAGCGCACGACGGCUGAUGAGCUGCAGAUCCGCUCGUUUUUCAACGAGGGCGAUUUGCUGGUCGCGGAGGUGCAGGCGGUCCAUCAGGAUGGGGCUGCGUCGUUACAUACCCGCUCGUUGAAAUAUGGCAAGUUGCGCAAUGGGGUGUUUUUGGCCGUCGGUGGUAUGAGUGCGGCGGGUGGUGUGGUUAGGGGGAGUGGGGUCGUUAGGUCCCGGAGACAGGUGUGGACGUUCCCGGCGUCGCACGGUGCUGGGGAAAUUGAUGUUGUACUGGGGGUUAAUGGGUAUAUUUGGAUUUCGAAACAUGUUGGUGAUGGGGCUGUGGGUGGUGCCGCUGGUGGAGAUGUGUCAAUUACGCGCUUGGAGGAGAUGGUCAGUAGUGCCAUAUACUCGAGUCAGAAUGAUGAAAUUGGAUUGGCCACGAGGAGGGAGAUUGCACGGCUAUGCGGGUGCAUUCGGGUGCUUGUGGAGGGUGGAGUUAAGGUUGAUGAAGACACGGUUAUGAAGGCGUAUCGUGCGAGUUUGGAAAUUGAAUUGGAAGUAGGGGAUGAAGAGGAAGAUGGAGAGGGGAGGGAGGGCAGAGAUUAUCUGGGCGGUGAGAAGGCGAAGAGAGUUGUUAAUGCGGCGUUAGGGAGGUAAUCAUAGGAUACGACUUGAUAAUAAAUGAGAUCUACUAAUCUGAUCCAAAACGGAGAUCCAAGCCUAUCUAUCCUUUAAGCGUUAAUUUUGUAUUGCUCCCUCGUACACAGUAUUUAUACUAUCUAUCUACUUCAAAAAUAAAAAAGUAAAACAACAGGAGUUUAAAUAACUAGUCUCUCAGGAAAAAAACUAGUACAUAGGGUGUAUCAACAACUAGAAAUUCUACAGAGUCAUGGACAACUAGCGCGCUUCUUGAACCGCCCAAACAAACCC